CUCAUCAUGCUUCCAAUCAGAAAAACACGUAACAAACAAAAUCUUCAACGCUUCUCCAGCUGGAAAAUUCAAUGGCCCGCACUAUGUCAAAUCGUAUUCAAGCUUGAUUAUCUACAUCAUCAUAAGACCCCCUCAGAAACUCCCACUCUUGGUAACAAGUUAGUCCAGUGGCUCACUCAGGACUAAUCUAGUCCUUGAUUUACCCUCUUUUCCUCUUCCCUUCUCUACUGCCUUUUUCCUUUAUUGACUAUCAAAAAGGUUUUUUAGCACCCUUCUUCC